AUGAGGAAAGAUGUCAAAGUGAAAAAUCCAAAGAGCAAAGUACCUAAAUCUCCAGGGCAAAGGGUUGCAAGUGGAAAAACAGCAAGUGAUAGGAAGCUGAAGCAAAAGGUGCUUAGCAAGGAGAAAGUAGUGGCAAGUGCGAGUAAAGAGAAGAGCGUGGUUCCUACAUUACCUACUCAAAAGCCAGAAACAAGGGAGUUGCACUCGAAGAUGGGAAGCAAAGAUAAAAUUGAUGCGAAACCAGCAAGCAAAGAUCAAGCAGAUAGCAAACAAAAGGUGCUCAGCAAAGAGAAAGUGGUGGCAUCAAACGACAAGGAAAAGAAAAUAGUUCAACUACAACUUCAACCUUCUCGGAGGUCAGAAGUGAAGAAUUUGCAAAAAAUGGACAAGAAUGGAAAACCCUUAAGGUCACCAGGCAAGGAGAAGAAGACAGGGAGUAAAGAACGAGCUGAAAGAAAACCAGGAAGUAAAGAGCGUUCACAUUCCCGUUCACGAAAAAAGCCAGGGAGCAAAGAUAGGGUGGAGAAGCGGUCAGGAAGCAAAGAACGUGUACAAAAGAUGGAGAAGUCAGGAAGCAAGGAGAAGGUGAAGAAAAAAUCGGAGAGUAAGGAAGAGCCUGAUCUGAAAGCUAAGCGCAAAUCAAAAGUACUCACGAUAGAGAAGAAGCCGACCAUGGACAGUCGUGAAGUCAACGGAGGCACUCAAGAGAAAGUAUCGAAGGAACAACACGAGCCAAAGGACGAGAAAGCGAAAGUGAAAGACAUCAAAGCCUGUGAGUGUUGGAAUUUUAUCUGGAACUGA